CGACUGUUACUGUUUGUGUUGAUGAAACGUGUUCUGGAUCGAUAACUUACGCCAUUGCAACGUUAUGAGGCUCCUCAACUGUUCUACCCUCAAGAUCGAGGAAUUUUUCGGUUCCUCGAUACCGAAGUCCUAUGUCGUCCUCUCCCAUCGAUGGGAAGAUGACGAAGUCACCUACCAAGAUGUCAUCCACAAUGCCAAGACGUUGGCCCAGAAGCGCGGAUGGGCCAAGAUACGCGAAACUUGCCGCAUCGCGCUUGAGCGCGGACACAACUACGCCUGGGUCGACACCUGUUGCAUCGACAAGACGUCAAGCGCAGAACUCUCCGAGGCCAUCAACUCCAUGUUCAAGUGGUAUGCCAACGCAGCAGUUUGCUACGUUUUCCUCUCGGAUGUAGGAACCAACCAAGCCUUUGCGGAGUCUGUGUGGUUUACUCGCGGCUGGACAUUGCAAGAGCUCAUUGCUCCGAGGGAGCUUCUCUUUUUCGACAGAGACUGGGACCUGAUUGGUACUGGAGCCCAACUUUGCGAUGUCAUCCAUCGCCGAACCGGCAUCAGCGAGAAGAUUCUGCUCCAUGGCUCUGCUCCGGGACCAAGCAUCGGGGCACUCCUUUCAAGUAUACCGGUAGCAGUCCGUAUGUCUUGGGCAGCAACACGGGUCACGACUCGAGAGGAAGACAGCGCUUACAGUCUGCUUGGCAUUUUCGGUGUCAACAUGCCCAUGUUGUAUGGCGAGGGAAGCGGUGCCUUUAUGCGUCUCCAGGAGGAAAUCAUCAAGGAGACGAAUGAUCUUACUCUUUUUGCGUGGAUGGCCUCCCCCGGAGAUUCAGGGGCGCAAGGUCUGCCAGAAUAUCGCGGUAUCCUGGCCAGUUCGCCUCGAGAGUUUAAGAAUUCGGGCAAAUUGGAGUUGAGCCGGGAUGCAAAGUACAAUCCCGAAUACACCAUGACCAACAAAGGGUUGCGCAUAGUCGCCGAAACAACAAUGGCAGAAAAAAACACCCAACUUCUCGGCCUCGGAAGCCAUGACUCCAGCGACGGCUCACGGAACGAAAUCGGACUCUAUCUCGAAGACCAAGGAGGCGGCGUCUUCCUCCGCGCCAAGCCGCACAUACUCGUCAAGCUUGCGAAGAACUCCCCACAAACUUCGCACACGAUGUAUAUUAAGAAACACAUCGAGAGAGAAGCAGUCACCCAAAUAGCCACGCGGAUGAAGUUCGUCUCCCACGGUGCCAUCCGGUUCCACGUCUUGUCUUCAUCCAUCGAGAUCAUAUCCGCCUAUCCCGCCCGGAUGUGGAAUCCGCAGAGGCUCAUGUUCAUCACGGAUGGGGAAAGUAGCUUUACCGGGUACGUCUAUCUUCGGUUGACGGCGAACGUAAGCUUGGAUGGCGUGGUGGCCUGUGGAUUUGAUCCAGAGAUGAAGAUGUGGUUUUGUCCAGGUUGGAACGGGAGGGAUGCGAUUUACGAGGCUGCGAUGAGUGGUGACAUGAGAAGGAUGCGAGAACUCGGUGUUCGGGGUACUCGGCGCUGGGUUACUGGAGAAAGAUCGAGGAAGAUCAUCGGGCUUGAGGUUACUGCGGCGCCAGGGCAGCAAGGCUUUGAUGUUUCUCUUAGACAGUCGAACUGUACGGUUAUGUAGUCUUGGGGAACGGCGAGUCUUAAGUAGUGUGCCUGAUGGCAAUGGAAUAAAGUAAUGAGUGCACCGACUCUCCGGUUGUAGGGCCGGCGGUCUGCUGCGAAAUUCCAGCCGAUUCCGGCAUCCUGAAUAGUUUGGGUUAUGGAGCGCGACACGAAGUGCGACAUGUAGCAAGACAAUAAUGAAUUAGUUGG